UUUGUCAAGUAGACAUUUUCUUCGGUCGGCAACAUUUGAAGGCGACAAACUGGUCUGCUAUAGCACUUUAAAAUGAAAGUUAUUACAAUGGAUAGGUACCUAAUAACAACACGUCAACACGGGCCGUGCAGGAAAUUCGCGAUUGAACGGGUAAAAGUUUUGCGUUGUGUUGGUUUGAGACGUCGGAAGGGGGAAAUAUCGGUGUUCGGCCUCGGUCGGAUGCGAUCGGCUCGGCGCUCAAUCGAACACGGGUCAAGGGACGCGGCGGCGGCCGACGUCUACCGCCACCGAGCUCGUGUGCGCGGCCUGUUGUGACUUGUGAGCGCGUGGCCGUCGUCCGGACCGUUUGACUGUUGGUUCAGUACAUGUGUGCAUUGAAGUAACAGCGUUCUUGUAUAUAGUUAGGCGCCAUAGCGGAAAAAGGGUUAUUUCUUUAAUUUUUUUAGUAAUUUUUGUGGUAGAAGUGCCACCACCGAGAGUAGUCGUCCAGACAGAACGAGAUUUUCGGACGCGCCUAGACCUGCCUAGCAACCGUCGUACACACCCUCCACACACAUUUUCGAGAAUUUUCAGCUGGUGGCGAUUUUCCAGUUCACUUCCGUCGUAUUUUUCAUUUGACAUGGCCACCUCAUCCGCCGCGUGGAUGACGUCUUCAACUGGCCAAAAACACGAAGAUACCGUCAUUGAGGAACCUCUGACUUGUGAAUCACCGGAACCGAUGUCCUGUUACCUGCACCACGAUCCCGACCAUCCUAUGUCGUCGUUUUCCGUUAUCAACAAGAUGCGAGUCAACAUCCAACUCUGCGACGUUUCUCUUCGAGUCGGUAACAGCGUGACAAAAGCUCACCGAUUGGUGUUAGCCUCCUCCAGUCCUUAUUUUUACGCAAUGUUCAACGACGACAUGGCUGAAAAAUUACAAUCCGAAGUCGAACUACAUGACGUAGACUUGGGUGCUCUACAACUUCUAAUCGAAUAUACAUAUACUGGUCAAGUACACAUAACAGACGAAAAUGUUCAGGUACUGUUACCCGCGUCGUCAUUGCUCCAGAUAAACUCUGUCCGAGACGCGUGCUGCACGUUCCUGAUGAAACAGUUACACCCGACUAAUUGUUUGGGGAUCAGGCAGUUUGCCGAGACGCACUCGUGCAACGAGCUGAGGACCCGGUCACACCGCUAUGCAUUGCAGAAUUUCGAAGAAGUGGUGAAAACUGAAGAAUUUCUUUUUCUAUCGUUUUCCGAGGUCGAAGAUUUAGUAUCCAACGACAAAUUGAACGUUGUUUCCGAAGAGCAGGUUUUUGUGGCUGUCAUGGAUUGGAUCAAACACAAUCCCUCCGAACGAUCACAGUACAUCGCUCAGCUUUUGGGCCACGUGCGACUAGCCCAAAUGUCAAAGAUGUUCCUGUUGAACGUAGUCGAAACGGAACCGCUGGUGCGCAGCGAGCCUAGUUGCAAGGACCUGUUGUUGGGUGCCAUGAAGUACCAUCUGUUGCCGGACCAGAGGUCCGAUUUUGCUAGCAAGCAGACCGAACAACGGAGCCCGGACGGCCUGAUGCCAUACAUAUUCGCCAUUGGAGGCGGUAGCUUGUUCACUAUACACAGCGCUGGCGAGUGUUACAACCCUAGGCACGACCGUUGGCUACCGAUUGCGCCCAUGUCCAAAUGUCGAAGUCGUGCGGGUAUCGUAUCGCUGGGAAAAUUGAUCUACGCUAUCGGAGGAUACGAUGGCAUAGUGGACCUGUCUUCUGCCGAGUGCUACGACCCGAAUUGCAACAGGUGGUCGGCGGUCACGUCACUAGGCACGAAGAGGAGCUGUCUAGGCAUUAGCGCCAACCACGGAUUGCUGUACGUGUGCGGUGGUUUUGAUGGUGCCUCCUGCCUGAGCAGUGUGGAACGAUACGACCCACUGACCGGCGUUUGGUCGUCAUGUCCUAGUAUGACCACCCGUCGACGAUAUUGCCGCGUAUCCGUCGUCGACAACUGUCUGUACGCUUUGGGAGGCUUUGACUCGACCAACUACCAGUCAACCGUUGAAAGGUACGAUCCGAGAAUGAGCAAGUGGAUGACUGUGCCAGCCAUGAGCAGCAGGCGUAGCAGCUGUGCCGUAGCCACGUUGGACGAUAUGCUUUAUUGUGUGGGGGGCAACGACGGGACAAUGUGCAUGUCAAGUGGCGAAAGAUUGAACGUCAGGCGGAAUGCUUGGGAGCCCAUAGCCACCAUGCAGUGUCGCAGGGCUACCCAUGACAUGGUUGAACUGGACGGCGGGCUGCUAGUGCUCGGCGGCAACGACAGCAACUCGAGCCUGCACUCGACGGAGCGGUACGAUCCCCGGAUCAACCGGUGGACAAUGUCGACGCCGAUGCCGACGCGCCGGAGCUCGGUGGGCGCCGCUCUUCUGUACUGCUUCAACAUGGAUGGCAAGCUGACGACGGCCGCCAACGCCGGGACCACAAAUGCCGCCGCCGUCAUGAGUGGAAGCGUCGCGAUGGUGGCCGCCAGUUCUGGAACAGCGUCCGUCACAAAUUCGCCAUACAAGUCCACCGCCACGUCCGUAUGAUUGCCGUGGUCGACCACCAGCGGUUGGCGGUCGAACAACAACAACAACAACAACGAUUCCGAACGUUCUCACUCGUUGCCAAACUAGCGAGCGCGCACGACGGUUGAAACCUUGCUAAUUGCAUCUACUCGUCGCGAUAGUCUGCGACAGUGUGUACACUGAACAGGGCGACAACAAUUUUCCGAAAGAAGGAAAUCGCCACAGCGCAGUUAUUGUUGCGCGUACCUAUCUAUCUAUAUAUUAAUAUUAAGUAUAUUAUCUUGUGUGAACGACAACUUAGUAGGUACCUAUUCGCAUUUAGCGAGUUUCACUCAUUCUCUCUCACUCUCUCUCUGCUUGCUCCCGAUGUCGUCUACGAUUACUACGUUGAUGUUAUAUUGGUCUUAAUCGGUCGAUAUCGCAGCAUCCUGCGUUAUAAAUAAUAUGAUUGGACCUGGAACGGUGCGGUUUAUCGCUCGUUCGCUUUUAAACAAUAAUAAACUUAUAUUUUAUAAUACAAUUGUAAUAAUAUGUAUGAUAUAUUUGUACACUUACAUUCAAAAACUCAUUUUUGGACGGACAGUCAAAUUACCAUUUUAUUUGGGGGACCAAAAUUCUCAUCCAAUGUAAAUUAAGCAUGCGAUUUUUAAACGCUGUACCUAAAUAUACCUACUUAUUGUUGAUUUUUAUUGGUUCCUACUUAAUUUACCAUUUUUUUUUUUAUUUUUAUUAUUACUAUUAUUAUUAUUUAAGCACAUUUUUAUAUUAUACAUAUACCAGCAGACUUAACGCGUGUCCUUUUAUAUAUUUAGCUCAUCAAAUUGUUUUUUUUAGCAUUAUUGUUAUAUACGUUUGUACCUAUUAUUACUAUUUACUGUGAUGGAUAAUAAUAAUUAUUAAUUUGUAUAUUUUUCGCCUGUAAUAAUAUUAUCAUUUCAGAUUUGAGCUAUAUAUAUAUUUUUUUUUAAUAAUAGAAUAAACCUUGUGAUAAUACUGUUUUAAAAGUUUGUAUUGAUUUAUUUCACAUUGUAUCAAACAUCUAUUUGAAAUUUUCAUUUGCAAUUUAAACAUAGUUGGUAUAAAGUCAAGUGUAUCAGUGUGAAUGAAACAUGUGUCAAUGUAACAAAACUUAAGAAUGUCGAACUGUUAAGCUUCAUCUUAAAAUAAUAAAGACUUUUAUGAGUUAAAUUAAAAUAAGACUGUAUUACUACAAAAAUAUUCAUGAUUAAAUUUCAAUUUCAAUUGGUACGGGUAAUUUUAAUAUAAUAUUUUGAGUGGUAAAGACUAAUUAGGUAUAAUACAUCUAUAACAUUAAGUCCAAACUAAAUAAUAUAUUACCAUGUAGUUAAAAUAUAUUGAAUUUCUUAUUU